UUAUAUUCUUCAGCAUUGAAAGUUUUUAUUUACUGCAUUUUGUUAUUUAUCAUAUCUUCAUAAAACACCCAUUUUUAUAAAAUAAAUCUAGUCUCUCACGCGUCUACGAUAUUUUUUGUGGUUAAUAAUAUUUUUAUUGAAGAAUAGGACCUAAAAACCGCACCCUAUUUCUAGGAAUCCAACGCGCCAUGAGAUCCUUCAGUACCCUCGGGGCUUUCACAGCCCUCCUAGCCAGCUCAGCUGUCGCGCGCAUGGUCACUCCCGAGGACAUUGACAGAUGCGUUGUGGACUCAAAGAACCAGCGCCACGAGAAAUGCGGCAUCUACCGCCCCGGGACCAUUGAUUACAACAACUGCAUGGCCCACUGGACCGAGCGCGCUGUUCAAUGCUACCCCAAUGACAGACCUCUCACCCGCGAGCAGAUCAACAACCGGAAUUCCGAGUUGCAGCGUGCUGGUAAUUUCAGAAGCGAGGUCUCCCGCUUAUCUCGGCCCGAGCAGGCCCACUACGUAGUUGGUGGCCAGCAGCGCUCCACCGUUAAGGGUAACGAUAGACAGGCUGACCGCGUUGUGCAGCUGCAGCAGCCUUUUGGCCGUGAGGAAUCGAGAUCCAACGAUAAUGCCCAGCACUUUCAGAUCCAACAGCUGCCUCAGCAGAUUCAACAGGAGCAGGAUCAGCAGCAGAUCCAGCAAAUCCAGCAAAUCCAGCAGCAGCAGGAGAUCCAGCAGCAGAAGCAGGCUCAGGCCCAGUCUCAGUCUCAGCCUCAGGCCCAACCUCAGGAGGCCGUUGCCGGUCUGCCUAUUGAAGUCAUCCAUGAUAGCACCGUUGCCAAGGCCCCUGUCAACGCACCCGUUCAGGCCCAGGUUCCCGCUCAGGUCCAGACACCCGCUGCUGUUGUUGGCAAGCAAGAGCCCAUUAAGCAAGCCAUUGUCCAGGGUACCCCUGCCGCUGUUGAAACCGCUGAUCCCGCUGCUGCCGCUGCCCACAUACCCAUUGCCCAGGGUGUUGCCCCUGUUGCCCAGGCUGCCCAGAAACCUUUGGUUGCCCAGAACGUUGCUGCUACCGACAACACUGUUCCAAUAACCCAGGCUGCUAUUAUUGCUAGAAUCCCACCUAUUGUCCAAGCCGCUGAGGCGGAAUUUGCGCAAACUACUGUUGCUGCCCAGGUUGCUCCUGUUUCCCAGGCCGCUAUCGCUGCCGCUCAGGCUGCUGCUGCUACCGCUGAGACUGCCAUUGCCGCCGCCCAGGCCGUGUCAGUUACUCAGGCUGCUGUUGCUGGUGCUCAGACUAUUGCCGCUGAGACCAGUGUUGCCGCCGUCACUGCCGGGACUGUUGUUGCUGCCGUUGCUGCUGAGGCAGCCGUUGCUGCUGAGGCAGCCGUUGCUGCUGAGGCAGCCGUUGCUGCUGAGACAGCUGUGGUUGCUGCCGAAAACAUUGUCACUGCUGGUAAGGCUAAGGUUGCUGCUGCCGCGCGCUCUGCUGCCACUGCUGCUGCUGUUGCCCAAACCACUACCGUUGCCGCCGCUCUGACUGUUGCCCCAAUUACCACCAGCGCUGCUGCUCAGACCCUCACUUUUGCUCCGGCUGCGCAGAAGAUUGGUGCUGAGGUUGUUGUCUCCGAGUCUAUUACUGCCACCGUCGUCUCUGACGCCAGCGAGUUGAGAGAGACUAGUAUUUCUAGAGAUGUCGGUGACUCUAAUGAGUCGAGUGAUGAGCUGUUGGAUGUAGCCGCGACCGCCGUUGCCUUGACAGAGGCUGUUGUCGAGACCACUCGUAAUUCCGAGGAGGACGCCACCAUUGCUUCCUUUAUUCAUGCCGAGUCGGCCAGAAUUGUUGCCCACAACAUCAACGCCUCGUCUGCUGUCAUUGCCGCCCAGAACUCAAUUGCUGCCGCCGCCCUGAUUGCCCAGAACUCCAUGUCAGCUGCCAUCCAGACUGCCGCCGCUGCGUUCUCUGCUGCUGCUCUCGAGGCUCAGGCUGCUGAGGUUGAGACCGCUGUCUCUCAGGCUGCUGUUACUCAAGCUGAUGUUGCCCAGACUGCUGCUGCUCAGUCAGUAGAGGCUCAGACCACUGUGCUUGAAAAGUCGGCUGUUAUCGCUAAGCCCGCUGUUGCCACUGCUACUGCUGUUGGUACUACCGCUGAUGUCGCUACCGUCACCGCUGUCCGUGAAGGCGAGGCCGAGAACCUGCCCGCUGGCGACAACGUGGCUGUUGAGGCUGCCCAGACCGUUGUGACCCACAUUCUCCAGGCGACCGCUGUUGCCACAGCCACAGCUACUGCCAACGCCGAGGUUAAGAACGAGAUUGUCACAAUUGUGGCUGCCGCCGUCUCCGCCGACAGUACCAACGUUGUCGCUCUCAAGUCGACCGUUGUACCGUCCCUGGCUGCCAUUGUUGCUGCCCAGAACACCGCCGCUAGCAGCACUGUGCUCGCUGCUGCCAAUUCCGAGGAGGCACAGUCAGCAACCACUAUCGUUGUUAAGGCUGUUGUGCCCACUGUUGUCUCAACCGUACCCACACCGCUCAAGAUGACCACCAUUGGUCAUGCUGUCGUCCCCUUUGACUCAAACCUCUUCGGUGACAUGAUUGCCGCUGCGACCACCCCGGCCGUUGCUAGCAGCACCGCUGCCGCCGCCGUUGUUGCACCUGCAUCCAUUUCUGUUGUUGCCGCUGUGGCCGCUGAGACUGUCUUGGCUGGUGGCGAUGAGCUCAACGAGGCAGUUGAUUCAGAGUCCACCAUCAAGGCCAAGGCUGAUGUUGCUUCAGUCAACACCCUGGCUGCUGACUCCGUCUCCUCGCCCAUACUGGCUGCAUCCCCCACCAACAUCAAGGUCCGGGCGACCGUUGCUGAUGACAAGGCGCACACGGUCAACACCGCUGCGUCGUCCUCCCACGCGUCCGCCGCCAGCAGUUCGGUCGAGUCCAAGGCCAAGCUUGGCAUGAUGAAGAACAAGUUGAACGAAAACACCGCUUCGUCGAGCAUCAAGGCCAUGUCGGGCAUCGCCAUGAUUAUGCCCUUUGUCGUCAACGCUCUCUUCUAAGUGUUCCUUAUUUUUUUGCUGCACAUGUAGCAAAAAAACUAAGACAUCUGCAUUUUUCCCCCGCACCUUUCAAAUGUUAUUUUUCUAUUUUUCAUCUUUCUAUCAUUUGCUUUUUUAUAAUAUUU